AUGGAUCAUAAGAAGCUCAAAGAAGUUCCUUCAGAAUACCAUAUGAUGGGUGGUGAUGGCCCUCACAGUUAUGCUCAAAAUUCUGAUUACCAGAGACAGCUUGUGGUGUGGUCAGAGGGGCUGAUUCACGAGCUCAUAACCGAACACCUGGACACCUCUUUUAACACCAUCCGAAUAGCGGACUUGGGCUCCUCUGUGGGCCCAAACGCCUUCCUCGCGGUCCGGAACAUAAUCUCCGCAAUAAAAGCCAAGUGCACGUCCACCCAACAACACGUCCCCGAAUUCCACGUCUUCUUCAACGACCUCCCCGACAACGACUUCAACACCCUCUUCCGGAACCUGCCCCGGGACGGGGGCUACUUUGCGUGCGCAUCUCCGGGCUCUUUCCACGGACGUCUUUUCCCGAGAAAGACGGUGGAUAUCGCGCACUGCUCGACGGCGCUGCAUUGGCUGUCGAGGGUGCCGGAGGGAGUUGGGGAGAGGGGGUCGGUCCAUUAUUCGGGGGCAGGCAACGAGGUGAGAAGGGCUUACCGGGAGCAAUAUGAGGUGGAUAUGCGGGAUUUUUUGAGUUCAAGGGCGGAGGAGCUCGUCCCCGGCGGGCUCAUGCUGCUGCUGGUGCUUGGGUUUCCAGAUGGGGAAGUGUUGUCUGACUCUGGUAUUGGGGUGGCGUUUCAGAUUCUUGGCUCCUGUUUGCACCACAUGGCCAAGAUGGGGAAGUUAAGUGAAGAUAAGGUGGAUUCAUUCAACUUGCCAUUCUAUUACCCUUCUCCAUCAGAGUUGAAGACUUUAAUUGAGGCAAAUGGUUUGUUUCAUAUAGAAAGAAUGGCCAACUUGGGCGGGGCCAUGAGAUGCAAACCGGACCCGCAAGCCUUGACUUGGCACUUAAGAGUUGUAAUUGAAGGGCUUAUAGAGAAACACUUUGGAAUUAGAGGGAGUGGCAUGGUGAUGGAUGAAUUGUUUAGGCUUUAUUUUCAAAAACUCCUCAAGAGCCCUAUAUUGGUUGAUGAGAAGUACUAUAAAGAAACUAAUUACUUUGUGUGUCUCAAAAGGAAGGCUUGCUAA